AUGGAGAAGGUGCUACAGAGGUUUGGGAUGAAUGAAGCAAAACCGGUUAACACUCCAUUAGCAAACCACUUCAAGCUUUCUGUUGAUCAGUGCCCCAUGUCGGACAAGGAGACUCAGGAUAUGGUGGAGAUACCUUAUGCCAGUGCUGUUGGAUGUCUGAUGUAUGCCAUGGUAUGUACUCGUCCUGAUUUAGCUCAUGCUGUUGGUCAAGUUUUCAAGUAUAUGUCUAGGCCGGAUAAACAGUAUUGGGAGGCAGUCAAAUGGAUUUUCAGAUAUUUGAAAGGCACUGUGGGACAUGGUAUUGUGUUUGAAGAUCAGCGGUUGGAUCCUUUGGUUAUAGUAUAUGUGGAUUCUGAUUAUGCUGGGGACUUGGAUAAUAGGCCGGGUAAACAACAUUGGAAGGCAGUCAAAUGGAUUUUCAGAUAUUUGAAAGGCACUGCGGGGCAUGGUAUUAUGUUUGGAGAUCAGCGGUUGGAUCCUGUGGUUGUAGGAUAUGUGGAUUCUGAUUAUGCUGGGGACUUGGAUAAUAGGAGAUCCACCACUGGCAAGAGAGUUAGUAAGGUUGAGAGCUUGAAGAGGAGAUUUCCUUCGCACAUGCACACCCGAGUCAUCGCAAGUAUCACGCGAGGCGCACAGCAAGCCGCGCCGCACCGCACCGCCAAGAGAGUUUGGCACGCACGCGAACGUCGUAACUAG